UGUAGGUUAUAAUAACAUUUAACCUACAAUAUAGUUUUAACUCUAGAUUUUUAUUUAUUUUUUUAAAUUAUACAGGUGUGUCUCCUGAUACAAGGCAGGAUGAUCUCCAUGAAUCUUUACCAAAAUCAGAUCAAACUGAAAAUCAAAAUGCAACCAAACAGUUCUUAAUAACCUCCUACAAGAAAAACAUUUAUCCAGCUUUGAAGGAGGAAAUUGGUCAAAGUUUCAGGCACCCGAUUCGAUUAUCUGCAUCAAGAAGUCGUGAUGAAAAUCAAUGGACCACAAGUUGGUGGUUACAAUUCAAAGUUUUGCUACAGAGAGGACUUAAAGAACGCAAACAUGAGUCUUAUUCAGGCUUAAGAAUUUUCUAAGUCAUGUCUGUUUCAUUUCUUUCUGGACUCCUUUGGUGGCACUCUGACGCUAACCAUAUAAUGGAUCAGGUGGGAUUACUAUUUUUCUUCUCAAUAUUCUGGGGAUUCUUUCCAUUAUUCAGUGCAAUAUUUGCAUUCCCACAAGAGAGGCCAAUGCUUAUAAGGGAACGUUCCUCUGGCAUGUAUAGACUUUCAUCAUAUUAUUUUGCAAGAACUGUGGGUGAUUUACCUAUGGAACUUAUACUUCCAACAAUUUUCGUGACAAUAACAUACUGGAUGGGAGGUCUAAAACCUUCGAUUAUCGCGUUUUUAUUGACCCUAUUAAUCAUUCUAUUAAAUGUGCUAGUUGCUCAAGGACUUGGCCUAGCCUUAGGUGCAAUAUUAAUGGAUGUUAAACAAGCUACAACAUUAUCUUCAGUGUUGAUGCUUGUGUUUUUACUAGCCAGUGGAUACUAUAUUCAGCACAUUCCAUCGUUCGUCGCGUGGUUGAAAUAUGUAUCGUUUAGUCACUAUUGUUACAAACUUCUCGUAGGAGUUCAGUAUUCGAGGUUUGAAGUUUAUGAGUGUGGAUUUGGUGAAGAAUGCAAAGUGAUGGAUUUUCCAGCUAUUAAAUGUCUUGGCAUUGAUAAUUUGGCAUUGGAUUUGGUAGCUUUGGUUGUGAUGUUGGUGGUUUUUAGGGUUUUGGCUUAUGUUGCUUUGAGGUUUUGGCAUCAAUAACAAUAGUAUUAGAAAUGUGAGUUAAAUUAUAAGAGUUUGUAUCUUCUUGAAGUUAAAUAAACUGAUUAACAUAUUCAUAUA